CCUCCUUUGUGCCCCUCGUUAAACGUGCCAUUUCCCACGCAAUAACAGACCACUUGACUUCCCAGCAACAGAAGACAAGCAGGAAUCAAGGAAAGCAAACCCAUCAUGCCUGACUUCGUCCGCGUCCAGGUCCUCGGGACCAAUUAUGAAAUCACCGACAGGUAUGGACAACUCGAACCGCAGGGCUUUGGUGCCUCUGGUGUUAUUUGCUCGGCGCACGACUCCAUAUCCAAGGACCAGGUGGUUCUGAAGAAGAUCGCAAAACCGUUUGAUAAUGUUGCUAUUUUGAAGCGCACGUUUCGAGAGGUGCAUCUGCUCAAUGGCUUGCGCCACGAGAAUUUGAUCAAUAUGAGAGAUAUUUUCAUCUCGCCUUCAGAGGACAUCUAUCUCGUCACAGAAGCCAUGAUGACCGACCUCUACCAAGUUAUCCGAUCGAAACCGCUUGAGAGCCAAUUCGUCCAGUUUUUCACUUACCAGAUUCUGCGAGGAUUGAAAUACAUUCAUUCAGCCGGCAUAAUUCACCGAGACCUGAAACCCCAGAACCUUCUCAUCAACGACAACUGUGACCUCAAGAUCUGCGACUUUGGGCUCGCACGCCAGCAAGACCACCAGAUGACCGGCUAUGUGGUGACGCGAUAUUACCGGGCCCCGGAGGUCAUGUUGACGUGGCAGCACUACAGCUACGCAGUCGACAUUUGGAGCGCUGGAUGUAUAUUGGCGGAAAUGCUGCGUGGGACGCCUCUGUUCCCCGGGAAAGACCAUAUCGAUCAGUUCAAGAUCAUCACGCACAUACUGGGUAAUCCACCAGCGGAAUUGGUCGACAGGGUGUACAGCAGAAACACUUUGAAAUUCCUGGAAUCAUUACCUCCGCGCGAGCCGCGCCCGCUUUCGUCGUUCUUUGUGGGUGUUGAACAGGAAGCGGUCGAUAUAAUCGAGAAGAUGCUCCAGUUAGACCCGGACAACAGAAUCACGGCCGAGAGCGGCCUAGCCCAUCCUUAUAUGGAGAACUUCCAUGAGCCAGAAGACGAGCCCGUGGCGGAUCGGCAAAUCGACAUGUCUUACGACGACGCGGAGCUCCCGGCAGACGAAUGGAAGAAAAAGAUGUACCAAGAGGUUUUGGACUUCCAUGAAGGUGCUUGUACCAACGUUGUAGAGACCAUCGAGAAGUAAGAGAAGCGACGAGACGCAGCUCAGCGAGAUUACGAAUUCUGUCCAAACGUUUAUCGUAUCAUAGCACAUUGCAUCAUUAUAGCGACAUAGAUAGCCAGCC